CUGCAGGCCCAUCAAGGAAAUCACCGAACACGAGUUUCUCAGCCACAAACCUUUGGUUGGGCACGAGGAGACGGUGUCAAGCACUGCAACGCUCUUUGAUUCGAUAUCGUCUAAAGUAAAUUCUUCUGUUUCUUCUGUCUUUUGUGAUGUCUUGCAACCUUUGAUGUACCAGUUGGCUUGAAUAUCGGUGGACAUAAUGGAUACCAGGGAUAAUUUGACUAGGGCUGCCCUAGUUCAAUACAUAUCCUCUCUGAAUGAUUCCUCCUUGCUCAAACCAGAGCCGCAGCUCGUGUUUACCCCCGCUCCACCCUGCUCGCAACCUUGGCAGCCAAUUUCUAGCUGCAGCAGUAGCCCUUUCUUCUCCUUUUUUUCGGAGGAGGACUUUCCCCCUCUCAACUCUAAACACACACAAGGCGUACCUGGUCCUUCCAAUCUUCUGAAGCAGUCUGGUCCGGUGAGCUUAUACCCGACUCCGCCGUCCAGCGCUUCUCCAUCAAAGUGCACCAUCCCACUACCAGAAGAAAGAGGCGAAUUUACUCCCAUCUUCACUACCCAUUCACCAGGCGUCUUGGACUCGCCUAUCGUUAUGCGCCGCGAGGACCUUGCUUGUCAUAGACCUCUAACGCCACCGCCGACGCAAUUGCUCUAUAACCUAGAGUUGCCGGGCUAUGAAGAUGAUGACGAUGAUUCGAUGUUUGAGGAGAGUGGGCACACAACUCCUCAUCAGGGUGAUUUUGAAGAGGAUUUUUACGAUGGGAUAUCUGCCAUGUCGGAUAGUUCCGCAGAAUCGGAUUCGCCGCUCUCGCCUCUAUCACCACCCUGGAAGCCACCCGAGCACGGUCUGGCUAAGUCCCAUUGGAAUGAUCCGCCCUCCCCUAAUUUUUCCUGGUCUCCCGGUUUAGGGAGCGAAGACAUUGACGAUAUGUCUAUGCCAGUAUCCAACGAAAUAACGUCCUUCUCACCUGAUCAGGUGCCCUAUCUUCUUGGCGUUGACCCGCCUCGUCCCAAACUCGUGCCGCUUCACAUACCCUGGUCAUCGCACCAACACAUACCCAUGCAUCAACUAGAUGAGCAACCCCCAUCCUCCCCCCACCGUUCCGCCCUCUCAUUGGCAGACAUGAUCAUCGAUGAUCCUCCAGAGCUCAGAGCCCCUCAUCUCUCCCUUUCAGGUCUCCCCGAGCUAGAGCAUGAAAAAGCGCUACCCCGUAUACCACCAUCAUCUCCCAGCAGACGGUCUUGCUCCUCUCUUCCCGAUGAUACAGACAACCUACCAUCUUCUCCAUCGUCUCCUGGCCCAUCUCUCCUAUCGCUCCCAGGUGCUGACACAGACGACGACCUCCUCCCCGAUGUAUCCGCGUUUGUGCCCCUCACGCCAUCCCAAGGCGUCCCGUUCGUCCCUAGCCAACCACUUCUGUUCAUCCACGAUCCGAGGGACGUGCCCCUCCCACGCUCACCCUCGCCCGAAGAUUUUCAUCUCUGCCUUUCUGUGCACGACAUGGACAGCGACCCUGAGCUCGCACAGCUCUUCGAGUUGCGCAAGCGCUCACUUGCGGUAGUGCAGGGGUUGCCAGAGGGCCCGGAAUGCACAGACGCAUACACACGUAAGUCGAAGAAGAAGCGGGAGCGGGAGAGGAGUGCGGAGGUCGGAGCUCUGCUCAGGUUGAAGCUGGGCGACAAGGUCGGCAUGGAUGUAAACGAGGGGAAGAGUCCCGAACGCCGCAGGAAGGGCGUCAUAGGGAACAUAUCCCAGCUUGUCGCACAGAUGGUGUUCCGGCGGCACGAGGCUUCACGACCGUUGACGAAACGCAAACCGGUGCUGUCUGCGCAGGAAUACGUGCAUUCUCCACUUUCAGCAUGUAUUGCUGUUGAUUCAUAGUUAUGAGGAUUGGAUUAGUGACUGUUUUUUUUAGUGCGUGGAUCGUGGUGUAGACUUCGGAGGUGCAUUGUUUGGCACUGUACGUUCAAGUGUUAUGUUGUUGGACUAUGUCCUUGUAUGCCUUUAGCUUGUAACCACCAUUGACGGAACCGCUCUCACAAACCCCUUUGUUUACCAUCUAUUGGAUUUAUGCUUGCAGAUAUACGGAUAGGCG